UACACCAAAAAAGCAUCAUCAUUGCGCUACGAAAAUUGCCGACUACAAUAUUUGUGGUAAAAGGUUCUGCUGUCUGCUGCAUAAACUAACUUUGUUUCGCAUAAUAAUCAAAUAAAACUAAAAAUGUCUUCACGCUACGAUCGCGCUGUUACUAUUUUCUCACCUGAUGGUCACUUACUACAAGUGGAAUAUGCUCAAGAAGCUGUCCGCAAGGGUUCAACAGCGGUUGGUGUCCGUGGUGGCAACUGUGUAGUGCUAGGCGUAGAGAAGAAAUCGGUGGCCAAAUUGCAGGAAGAUCGUACAGUGCGUAAAAUCUGUAUGCUCGAUCAUCACGUUGUCAUGGCUUUUGCUGGCUUAACUGCAGAUGCACGCAUUUUAAUCAAUCGUGCUCAGGUGGAGUGCCAGAGUCAUCGUCUCAAUGUUGAGGAUCCUGUUACCCUUGAAUACAUUACCAGAUAUAUUGCACAAGUGAAACAAAAGUACACACAGAGCAAUGGACGUCGUCCAUUCGGCAUUUCAUGUCUCAUUGGCGGAUUUGAUGCCGAUGGCUCACCACAUCUCUUCCAGACCGAACCAUCUGGCAUUUUCUACGAGUACAAAGCCAAUGCCACCGGCCGUUCAGCUAAAACGGUGCGCGAAUUCUUUGAAAAGACGUACAAAGAGGACGAGGUUGCCACUGAGCGCGGUGCGGUUAAAUUGGCAAUUCGUGCACUCCUUGAGGUUGCCCAGUCCGGACAGAAUAACUUGGAGGUGGCCAUUAUGGAGAAUGGCAAGCCCCUCAAAAUGCUGGAUCGUCAAGUUAUACUGGAGUACGUGAACAUCAUCGAAAAGGAGAAGGAAGAGGAGCUGGAGAAGAAAAAGCAAAAGAAGUAGAUUAUGAUCUUUGAACGUCUUUUUUUGGCUGGUGUACCGGAGGUUAUCUUUAUUAAUUUCAUAUUUUUGUACACUUAAAAACAUAUGAAAACAAUCUUAAUGAAAUGUAUAACAUUAAUGUUGAAAAAUACACAGGAUAAACAAAAUUUA